GUUUGAAUUCCUAGAGCGAAUAGGCGGCUCCUCUCUGCCGAUUGGGUUUGGUUUGGGCCACGUGGUGCAAGCGCGCCCAAUCGGAGACGCUGGCCGUGAGGCGACGCGCCCCUUUAUCGCUACGGAAUCUGAAGGUGCGGCCGUGCUCGGAUAGACGGGUGUGUGAUGUUCUGGCCACGUGUGGAUGUUUCGUGAUUGAAAGUUGUAAAAAAAAACAACUUCAACAGACUUAGGGCAUGCAGAAACAUGGCUGGUAAAGUAAAAGAUUCCUCCAAAAAAGAAGUAUGGGAUCGAGUAAAGAAAAUCAAGAAAAUGAAAGAGAAGUGUCGAGAUAGUGAUGACAUCUCUGCUGAAGCUUUGCAGUGUAAAAGCGCAAGAAAAAAGAGUCGAACUUCCAAAGCUCUACAACAAAAAGAUGCUUGCGAAGGUGAGGGAAACAUUACGGAAGAGUUGGAAUAUCAAGCCGAGUGUUGUGAAGAUGGCGUGCCUGAAUUGAGAAUGUCAAAAAAGAAGUGUAAGAAGAGGCGGCAGCACGAGGAGGAGGUGUCCGAUGAGACGUUGACAAGAAAACGAAAGCACGAUGAUAACAAGGCCGAUGAAGAGACGCUUGAUCCGGUGAUGAAGAAAGGGAAAAAGAAAAAAAAGAACAAAAGCAUCGAACUGGCCGACUGUGCAGAUGUCGUGGAACAGGGGGCAUUCAAAAAUAAGAAAAAAACUAAGGAAAUUGAGGACCAGAGUGGAGGUGACGAUGCAUCAUUAGAGGAUCCAAAGCGUCAAGAAACUAAAAAGAAAAAGAAGCGGAAAAAAUUGGGUGACAGUGAAACAACCAAUGACUCACAUGGUCUCUCAGACACACAUGAGGAUACGGGGAAAGAUGAAAACACAAAUGGUGUUAAAAAGGCAGUGGUGUGCAAGCGAAAGAAAAGGUCAAAGUCUGAAAGUGAGGGUCAUAACCAGAAGGAAUUAGAUAUUAUGGAUCAAGGAGAUGAUGUGCAGUCUGAAGCUAAUCAUGCUGAUAAUGCCCACCAUUGCUUGGAUGAAAAUAGUGACACUGUCAAACGGAAGAAAAAAAAGGAAAAGGGUCAACUUCAGCCCAAUUCCGACGAUUGCGCAGACAAUCUCGAGCAACGUAAGAAAAAGAACAAAAGAAAAACAAUUGAACAUGACGAUGCGGCGCGUAAGGCUGACGUCAAGGCACAGAAAUCAAAAAAGCGCAAAACGAAGGACACCAACACGGACGUGGAUGUCGCGGGAAAAGACGACAAAUUGCUUGUGGCCCAUGAGCACCAGCCAAAGACAAGGGGCAAGAAAAAACAAUCGCCUGUUGGUGCUUUGGACGGUGAAGCUCCGUGUGAACCCAACGAGCGCAAAAUCCCAAGGAAAGCCGGCAGCAUCUCGCCAGCUGCAUCAGGGAGCAGCAACGAAUGUCGAGCAGGGACCAGAUCCAAAGGGACGAAGCGCGCAAAGGCUGGCGGCAGGAAGAAGCCCAAUGUCCCUGAUAAUUUGGCAGAGAAUAAGCAGACGGACGGCAGUCAGAGAGAUCAAGGAGAAACUGGGAGGAGUAUGCUGAAGAAUCUCAAGGGAUGGGUCGUAGACAGUGACGUAAAGCUCGUCGCAAUAAAACCCGGGAAUGUUGAAGAGGAGAAAUUUGAUUUGGCCAGAAGAGUGGCCUUGCAGACGCAGGUCGACAUCAUGACGGGAAAAGUGUCUCUGGGCACGAACAAGAGCCGCGAUGACAGUGGUGGUGACAGUGGCGGCGGUGACGGCGACGGCGGAGGAGUCUCCAGCAAGGCCAGAGCCACGCAGUUUGGCCAGUGGGACACUGCCUGUCUCGGUGACGCCACGAAGCAGAACAAGUUCCUGCGGCUCAUGGGCGGCUUCAAGAAAAGCUCCGGACACUCCGGGUCCGAGUUGGAGUCCGGACCGGGCACGAGCGGCAGGGCAAACAUGGCGCUUGGCGGCGAGAGCGAGAACCGGCUGAACUCGGCGCUAGAGUCCCAGUUCCAGCAUGCCUUGCAGCGCAAGAAUUAUCAGCAGCGCGGCGUCGGUCUCGGCUUUCAGGCCGACGCCAGUGCUAAGAAGACGUUUUUUAUCGACAAGGCGAUGAGCCGCUCGCUCAAAUUGGAGUGAGCUGCCGUCACUUGCGAUUUUAGUUUUUAUUCAAGAGAAAAAAAAGUUGGUAUUAAUGAAUUUUUUUACUUUGAACUCUCAGCUGUGUGUACGUUGAACUUCUUUCGCACUGUGACUAGCCAACCGUGCUAAUCGGAGGUGUGGGGGAAGGACAACAAACUAAACCCAAAAAGGAGUUCUGAAGAAAUUAGUUUAAUUUAGAAAUCAUUGCAGCCGUCCACUUGAUGAUUGUGGGUUGUCGGUACUCCCAAGAAAAUCGGAGUACCCAACGAAAAUCCACCACGUACACAAUUGGAUAACACCAGGAGCUCUGCACAGAUGGGUGUAGUCUGUUUACUGGGCCAUCUCCUUGCCCAUCUCCUGGCCAUUUUUUUUUUAAGUAACGGUUGCUGAGCACAGAGCCAAGUGGCCAGCAACAAAACACCACUACUGAAGGUGAAGCAGAUAAGAAUACGUUUCUUACAUUGAUUCUAUGAACUUAGGAGAAGAGACAUUAUGAUGAAUUCCAAAGUUCAACAAUGGGAGGAAAGGACCAGAAGAGCGUUAUAGGAAGUGUUGUAGGGCACUGUUGAGAUACUACCGUCUUGCACAUGUGUGAUUUUAACAUGUCCUUGAAAUACUGGGAUAAUUCAUGUGUGGGGUGGCCUGGUAUAUGUUUGCUUAACAGAGCCCUGUUAUUUACAUGAAUACAAUUUAGCUAAUCAACAGCUUGUUAUGUUAUUAAUGUUGAAGUGAAUGUUAUCAAAACAUUAAUUUCGGAACAGUCCACCAAUAGUCAUAGCUUAUACUAAACUGGGACUGCUUGGCACGUAACAUUGCAGUGCAUCAUGGAGAUGCGGCUGUCAAAUUUAUGAGCUUAAUGACAUUUUUAGAGGUCUCUAAAAACAACUAUAUCGAGAAUACUUUGAGGUGGUGUCUUGCACGGGCUUAGUCUUGCCAAUAGAACAGGGCUGUUCCACCCCAACCUUUCUAACUUUCUGAUCCAAUUAGUUGGGAGCUUUAAUAAAAUUCAACUAAAUACUGAACUUUGAUUUCACCAGGUAAGGCCCACUGAGCUAUAUUGCUCUUUUUCAGAAGUGACCUGGCCACAAAUGAUUGCUGAACGAAGUGGCUUAUCAUGUGGAAAUAUAUCGCAGCCAAAUACUCUGAACCAGUGGUUCUUAACCUGGAGUGCACACACCCCCUGCGGGUGCGAGACAUGGCCAGAUUGUUUUAGAAGGUAAAUCAUCGAAACACAAAUUAAGCUCGGGCACUAAGUUUGUUUCAUCAAACCUAUAUUUAUUAACAUACAUUUUUUUACGAUUGAGAACCAUAUGGGUGCAGUAAAGGUUAAGAACCACUGCUCUAAACACGGAUUCUAAAUGUGAAAGAAAUAAUUGGAGGACCCAUAGAAAAAAAUGCCACGCGACCACAGGGAGAAUGUGCAAACUCCAAAUAUACAGGCGUCAGGGUUUGGAUCGAACCGACGACCUAUAUACCAAUCGAGGUAGUUAACAUUUCGCCACUGUCCCACAAUUACUGUGCUACAGGCCUGCAUUUGAAUUUAUAAAACCAAUGUUAUCUCACGCAUAUGACAUGCCCGCUUGUAUGUGUAUAUUUUAUUUCAAUAUUAAAACAAGAAAAUUCAGAAGGGCCAUCGUGUAAUAAAUAUAGUUUUUUUUAUUUUAAUCUACGUACACAUCAGGGAUGGUAACCUAGUUAAUGAACACAACAGGCACAUUUUGGCUUUGGAGCUAAAGGCGGCGCUCCAGUUUUGGGUGGGCACAAUGCAACAACAUUUUGUUGCUUUACAAGGAAUCGGAUACUGGCACGAUGCCUUUGCAUAAUGAUAGCAACUCUCAAGGAUGAAGGUGCUUCGAAUGGAAUCGACACGAAUUGAGGCUGUGUGAAUAAAAUACAAAAUAUGUACA